UGAUAUUGUUCUUAUGGGACCCCUGGCAGUGUAUGGGUAGCAUAGAUGGCUCUCAGUCAAGGAUGCCCACACUGACCUGUAUUCGAAUAAUUAUUACAUGUACAACAUAAGAAUGUUUCAGGCAGGGGAGAUGGCUCAGCAGGUAAAGGUCCUUGAUAUCAAGCCCGUUUGUUCCGUAGGACCCACAUGUCAGAAGGAGAGCACACACUCCCACAAGCUGUCCUCUGACCUCCAUAUGUGCCGCCUGAUACACAAGUAAAUAAGUUUAAGAAUUUUAAAAAAGAAGGGUUUUCAUGAAACAGGACACAAGGAAUGGGCUUGUCCUUGGCAUCUAUCCGCCACCAGAGGGAGCUGUGUCCUUAGCCAAAGCUGAGACCAUGCCAGGUACUCUAUUAUCCUCCCCUGGUCCUGCACACGGUGUGGGCCCUAGCCACCCAGGAGGUGUCUCUGUCAGGGUCACAGCAACUGCAGUUGUGGGCCCUUGGUGCUCAGAUAGAGUCCACUGCCAUGGCUUCUAGGGCGGAAAGUCCAUGCUAGACAGCCUCACAGACUGGAGGACAAGAGAAGCUGUGUCCGCUGGGGGCAUCGAGGGCCGGAGAACAUUCAGACUGGAGCCAUUCUCUGGGUGGAGGAUGGUCCUCAGCCCUGCAGCCACCAGCCCCGACUCUGAACAGGGUCCCAGGGACUUGGCCUGGGGCUGGAGGGGCAUGUGCUGCUCCGCCCUGCCCCGUAAUUGCCUGUUUAUCUGAGCCUGCCCUCUAGAGGUGAGCUCCCCAGGGGCAGAGCUGGCCCACGCCACCCCUCCCUGCUGAGCCUGGUGUGGUGAGGACCCAGAGAGCUUGGGCGACAGAGGGCUCCCUUUGAACGCAGGUCAGCGCUGUGGCUCCAACGCUGACCUUGCUGCCCAUUUCCCCUGGGUGUCUGACAGCCUGGAGUUUAACCAGGACUAGCAUUGACAGGGAAGACACUCAUUUUGCUGCCUCGCCGUCUUGGCCUCCCGGGCCCUGCUCCCUGUCUAGCUGGCCCGAAAGGCUGAAGCUCCAACCACAGUGGUCUCGCCAGGAGUUCGACCCCAUUGGGAAGUCUGGGCAAGGCUGGGUGCUCUAGGCUAAUUGCAUUCCACCUCCGGGUGCUGCCGUGGUGACAGUCCCCGGCUCGUGCAAGGAGGCCCUGGGGAGCUCAUUACUGUGCCUGACAUCCCCUGCUGUCCCCGCUGAGUGGGCCCUGUUUGUUGUCACCCUCUUGUUCCAUCCUGUUGCCCGGCAGGGCCUCCCUCGCCCUACUCUGGUUUUUUUCCCCCUGGAAGGGCAGUAGGGGAGUGGCACCCUGAGUCCCCACCCAGCUGUACAUCCCGGUGCCGAGCCUCAGGUGCAGCUGUGUCAGGUCUGGGACACUCUUGCCCCCUUCUCCAGGAAGCUGCUCCUUUAUUUCUAGACCUCAAAGCGGCCUGGGGCUGGUGGGCACAGGCUUCAAAGCCAGCCAGGUCGAGUUUUCUGGUUGCUAGUCACAGACCUUGGGCCUCAGUGUGAACCUGCCUUUCCAGCCCCAGGGACAAAUCGUGGGUGUUUAGAAGUUCCUUCCUCGCACACUUUGAUUCUCUCCAACUCUACCCUUGUGUGUCCCACCUCAUCAUAUAUUCUGCAGGGCCCCCUCUCUUAGGGGUUCGAUACGGCCUUCCCCAAGUCAGUAGUUUGUUCCCUCAGGCAGACAGUGCAUUUGAGGUGAUCAGGCUGUGUGAACCCACAAUUAGAAUGUGAUUAAGCUAAAUACUUGUCACCAGGUUCAGCUUAGGCCAGAUCUUGGACUCGAUGGGAGGUGCUCCCUCCAGUGCCUGGUGCAGCCCCAAACAUGGGAUGGGCCUGCUGCCUGCUGCCUGCGCCCAGCUGUCCAGGAGGAGGGUCAGGGAGUGAGGCAUGGGACAGGCAAUCCUGGCCAGCCUGGGGAGAGCCAGGGAGUGUUGAGAACAGACAACAGUCUUGGUUUCCAGUUCAAAUACUUCCCAGCUUCAGGAAUAGGAAGAUCUGGAGUUCAAGGGCUGCUUGGCCUACUCAUUAAACCCUUUCUCUAUAACAACAGAAACAACAGUAAAGCGAGUGUUUCCCGCUCUGUCCCAGUGCACGCCUCAGUUAUGAACGGGCUCACUGAGAAAUGACGAGUGUAAGACUUAACCGUCUCCUCUGUGUGCAGUAUGUUGUGGAGACGGGAGGCUGUGGAAUACAGACCCGUGACGUUUGCCACCCAGAGGCAGCAGGGUUCGGGGUUUCCUUAUUUCCUUCUAGUCCUUUCCCUUCCGGGGCUGAGCAGUUUCAAUACACGCUCCUGCAGCCACAGAUGCCACUUGAGAAGUGGCCUUUCCCUCCCGAGUUCCUGCUCCCUCCAGCGUUGGGUCGCUCCUCACGGGGUCAGUUGAGUGCCUGGCUGAGCUGCGUCCAUUCUUUCCUCAGUGGCCACAACACUCCCCCUCCCCCAACCCCUUGCUGCCACCCGUGCUGUCUGUGAGACCCCUUCACAGCUGUCAUAACUCCUUCACCCUAACUUCCUGCAAAGUGUACCCCUCUGCCUGGGAGUGGACCAGGCCUCCCCAGAGGUUCUGCAGCCCUGGAUCCCCAUCAGGAGAGGCUGCCCCCUUCCCCUUCCCUUGUGCUGCAGAAAUCCGACUUCUUCCCCCUGCCUGGGUCUGUAGGUGCCAGCUUCCGUGGCCUCAGCCUCUGCCAUUGCUGUCCUUGCCAGCUCGUUGUGCUGGCUUGCUGCCUGGCACAAAGUGCUUGCCACCUCUAACUUCUCAGCCUUCCUGGAGAUCGUUGUGUCUGUGAGGUUAAUACCUGUCCUCUGCCCUUUACCCCCAUAACUCUGGCGUCAGCUCCAUCCCAUCUUCACCCACAGCUUGUCUAGACCCCUUUCCCUGAAGUGCUUCACACCCAUCUCUACCUCACCUUCUAGGCCUCUGAGAACCUUAAUCACCUUUUGUCCCGAUCAUUCAUUCAUUCAUUCAUUCCACAUUCAGCAUCUCUGCCAUUCGCUCAACUUUCUGAGCAUCCCCUGAGCAUGGCAAGCCCUGUUCUCACUUACAAGUGCUGAGCACGACGGACACAACACUGCCCUGUCAGGAAGUCAGGAACCGUGGGAAUGUCCUGGACACCAGACAAGGGCUGGCGCAGUUCGGUGGAAAGCACCUGCCUGCCGUGAUGCGUGGCCCGCGCCUCCAGCCCCAGCCCCCUACUCACACUCACACCGCUGUCACACCGCACACUCUCACCUGCGCUCACUCACGCUCGUGCACACCCCUCUCUCAAACGCUUAAAGCAGACAUGCAAAUACAAUCUGGGCUCACCACGUGGCGAGGCGGCAAAAGGAGCGUGCUGCCUGACAACCCAAGUUCAAUCCCGGAGCCCGUAUGGUGCGUGGAGAGAACCGACUCCCUCAGAUUGCCCCCUGACCUCCACACGCCACACACACGCACACUGCACAUGCGUGUACACAAACACAAUGAGUAAAUGCAAUGGGAAAGCUCUUUAAAAAAUCGGAACGUAGUGCUGGAAGCCCAGAGCUGUUUCUCGUCAGAGAGUUAGUGGAUGUUCCUCAGUAACAGCUCUCGGCCUCACUGUCCGGAAGGUGGCGGGCGGGUGAGCAGGCUUCGUCUCCUCCACACUGUUCUCUGGAAUUGCUGCCACGACCCGUCCCAGGGGUUGAGGUUCAUCUGUUCUCCUCACACUGGGAGCUGGACCCAGGAUCUUGUUCUUGUGAGGUGAGGGCUCUAGGCUGAUGCCAUUGAAGCUUCUCUUUCAUCCUAAAACCCCUACUAGGGAGGCGGAGGCAGGAGGACUGUGAGAUUGAAACCCGGCUAUGUAACUUACCAAGAUCCUGACUUAAAAGGAGCAGAUCGAGGGGGUGCGGUUCCAUUCUAGAGGCCUCGAGUUCAGUUCCCAGUACUGCAAAGACAAACAACCCCAAAAUAAAAAGUCUGCCUCGAUGACUCAGCACUUGGGAGGCUCAAGCAGGUGGACUGCUGGGACUUUCAGGCCAGCCUGGAUGGCUACAUGGUGAGACCUUGUCUCAAACAGAACAAAACCAGCAAGCUUUCCAUCAUGGUACCCUCUACUGUUCGGAAUCCCACAAUCCCACCGAUGGACCUGGCUUCCAUCUAGCAAUGGCAUGUGCUCUGGUCCCCUAGGCCCUGCCGGUUGUUUUCCGUUGCUGCGCCUCACCCCAUGCCUCUUUCCUGUGGGCGACACCCUGACACAGCAGCAUCUGUCUCUGCCCAGAUGCGCGCAUACACCCCGGCUCUGCCAUCUGCCCCCACACACCACACCGCCUGAGUUCUGCCUCCCGCCGACACUCGCCGGUGUGCAGGUCUCCAGGUUCUUCCCUGGCCUCCUGUCUCCUUGGGGAGGUGGAGGGCCCGUGCAGGCAAAAUGACUGGAAGGAUUCUGGUGGGAGUGAGAGCCGGGCCUCUGGCUCUGUGAUGCAGUGCGUGGUAGGAUCAAUCAAACCACAGCCUCCGGGAGCAGAGCCAGCCACCUGUCCAGCAGACGAUUUGGGGUUUGAGAGCCUCGGGUUCAGAGGGGAGGUGACAGCUCAGUCCUAGUGUUGAAGAAGAGGGAGACGCUCAGGGCGUCUGGAAAGCAGGAUUGACAGGACUUGGUGGGUGCUUGUGAGGGAAUGGCAGGGGGGCGGGUAGGACAGGCACCAAGUAGGCACCAAGAAGGCUGUGUGCCGCUGGUGCUGCCCGUCCCCUCUUCCCGGGUGGUCUUCAGCUACCUCCACGUGUCUGUCUAAACCCCCGAGUAUCUCCCGGCAGGGUAUUCCAUUCUUCACAAACAAGCGAGCCUCCAGCCUGCCACCACCACCGUAGUCAAGGUGGUUGCCACAGCAGUUGCCACCAGUGCUCCGGUCCCCCAGGAGCCAGUCACCCUCUAGCCUGCCUACACAGCCCGACAUUACCUCUGAGGAGGCUGUUGGGCACACACUCAUGUACGCCUUGCUCUGAGAGCUGGGUGGGGCUGGAAAGGGUCAGUGUCAAGGAGAGGCUGGAAGGGGAGGCGGAGCCUUCGGGUGCCUCUUCUCUUGGCACCCGAGGCUCCAGCCCACUUGAUUCCUUGACGUUGGCGGGAGUGGUGGCAGCGGCGACAGCUGUAGCACUUGGGCCAUGGCGGAAGACGGGCCGCAGAAGCAGCAGCUGGAAAUGCCGCUGGUCCUAGACCAGGACCUGACCAAGCAGAUGCGGCUCCGGGUGGAGAGCCUGAAGCAGCGUGGGGAGAAGAGACAGGACGGCGAGAAGCUGCUCCGGCCGGCUGAGUCCGUCUACCGCCUUGACUUCACCCAGCAGCAGAAGCUGCAGUUCCACCGCUGGGACGUGGUCCUGGACAAGCCGGGCAAGGUCACCAUCACGGGCACCUCGCAGAACUGGACGCCCGACCUCACCAACCUCAUGAUGCGCCAGCUGCUGGACCCCGCUGCCAUCUUCUGGCGCAAGGAAGACUCCGAUGCCAUGGAUUGGAAUGAAGCAGACGCCCUGGAGUUUGGGGAGCGUCUAUCUGACCUGGCCAAGGUCCGCAGGGUCAUGUAUUUCCUUAUCACCUUUGGCGAGGGCUUGGAGCCUGCCAACCUGAAGGCCUCUGUGGUGUUUAACCAGCUCUGAGGACAGCGCUGGCUGCCCUGCCUCUGGCCCGCACCUCUCCCCUGCCUGGACCUUCUUCCUCUUGUGUAUUCCGGGGACAUUCUUGUAGCCGCUCCUUCUGCGUUCAUCUUGGCCAGAGGUCCCCUGAGUGCUGCAUCCCCUGUUUCCCUGGAGCCAGUGCUGCGGCUCACAGGGGUGUCCCAUGGCUCCGUAGUCUAGAAGCUGGACGCUGCUACAAUAGACGGUAGAGGUCUUUUCAGUUCCGCGUGGGCAGACGAAUGGGCCUCUCAGACACCUGCCAUCUCUGCGUUAUUGUGGUGGAGAGAGAGGAACUGAGAGAUCGAGAGACUGACUGAGAGAUCCAACCAGCCACUAGUCUCCUUCAGGGAUGAGACACUGAGACAUGGCAGGAAAUGCCUCCUGGGGAACCUGGCAGGAAGGCAUUUGCCCCUGUGGGCCAAAGCCGGAGUCAGGAGGUGAAUGCCCAGUGGCACUCUGGCCGCCGGAAGGUCCUUCUCUCAGUGUUGGCAUCAGCCCGCUGUGACCUUAGGGCCUUCAGGACACUGGGCAGGAUGACAGGGCUUGAUCUGAUGGGCAGAGGGUGGCUGGCUUCACAGGUCUGGCCUAGGUUUCUAUGGAAAAGUGAAAAACACACGUAGAAACUGACAUGGCUCUGGCUACCCACAGGCAAACGUAUAUUGAGAGCCAGUAGCUAUAUUUGUAUGGAUGUGUGCCCGAGGCUGUUCCUGGUGAGAGAUAAGGCUAACUUUAAUUCGGUUGUUGGUCUGGUUCAGGGGCUUGGUUGAGGUGAUCCUGGAUGAGCCCUACUUGGUCAGGAGCUUUCCACACUGGGAAACUGAGGCUCCAGUGGUGAGGCAGAGGACUGAGUUAGAGGGAUCCAUGGCUUUGAAGCUAGAAACACUGAUGUCCCUGUUAGGAAGGCUGGUCCUCGCUGCUCUCUGGUCAGGGACACGGUGUUGUGUCCUGCUGUCACCUCUCUGGGCAUUUCCUGGCUGUUUUACUGGAGUGGACAUGGGUGAGGCUUGGGGGCAGUUAUGAUGUCUAAUGUCUGGCUCGAUGCCUAGUGCUGUCCCUGGAGACUCUCCAGGGUAACCCACUCACCCACCUGGCAGGAAAACCGGCAAUUAUUGGCAGAUUCAGUCCUACCCCAAGCUGCAUUCUCCUUCACCCUGUACAUGCUGAGAGCCUCCCUUUGUGGGGAAUCCUGCCACCUAGCAUCAGCCAGGGGACCCUCAGCAGUGCCCCGAGUUCUGUCUCGAGGCUGCCUCCACCCGGGAUACCGAUGCAGCAAGAUCUGAAGGUGAAGGUAGGAGCUGUCCCAGUGCAUAGGCUGUCAGGAGGGCAGGCCCCAGCUCAGAGCCAGGAUCCUGGAGGCGGGAGAUGGGCGGUGGCACUGGCCAUUUGUACCGGUGGCUUUGCUCGGCGACAUGCUUGCCGAAGCACUGGCUGCCUCUCAUGGAUUCUGCUGACUCUAGGGAGCCAUACCUAGACCGUGCCUCGACCUUUUCGCCUCCCUUUCUGACCUCUCCCUAGAGCUCUAUAGACCUCUUCGGUCCACACUGCCUGUCCCCGAACUCUGCCUCACUCCGUCUGCCCCGUGGGGACCUGAGUAUCUGCUGUGCCUGUCACAUGUCCCCAAUAAAGACUGUGUGCCCUCA